AUGGGUUAUUCGCCAAAUACGCAGAUAAAAGCGGCGGAUGAGCACCUAACAAGCGCACAAAUCAAGGAUUUGAGGUGGAAGACGUGCAGCUUAUCGCAGCAACCGCUCUCUCAGCCAAUAGUGGCGUGCAGGAUCGGUCUCUUAUACAACAAGGAAUCUAUAAUCGAGUACAUCCUAGCUAAGAAGCCCUUGGUGUCCAUGCAGCACACCAAGGGUUUGAAAGACUUCAAGGAAGUGAAGUUCAAGGUGGAUAAUGCCACCCGACGUUUCGUCUGCCCACUGACCUGCACCGAGUUCACCGGUUCAAACCGCGGCGUGCUGAUAUGGAAGUGCGGCUGCUGCAUAUCGGAGAAGGCCUUUAAAGAGCUGAUGAAGGGAUACAAAUCGCAAACGGACGCCCAGUGUCCAGCGUGCAACACCGCGUUCACCUACAAUCCGCAAGUGUUCGAGCCGCAAUGCACGACGCUCGACCCCCUAAGCCACGACGUAGUGGUUAUUGUGCCCGACACGUUGGAGGAAAACUACCUCCGUGCCAAGCUGAUGAAGCGGACCAAAACGACCAAGUAA